AUGAGAUUGUUUUCACUGAUUCUGCUUUCCAGCCUUGCUGUUGCGGCUCCUAGCCCUAUUCUGCAUGCUAGAGCAGCAGUAAAUGACCCGUGCAAUAUCGGAUAUUGCACUCAGAAUGGAGGGACAACCGGAGGUGGCAGUGCCAAACAGGUCACCGUCAAGACCCUCACUGAAUUAGCUACCGCUGCCAAUGCAGAUGGCGCUUCAGUCAUCCUGGUUGAAGGCAAUAUCUCAGGUGCCGCCAAGGUUCAGGUUGGAUCUGAUAAGUCUAUCAUCGGCAAGGCUGGCAGUUCCCUCACCGGUAUCGGUCUUACAAUUCUCAACCAGAAGAAUGUCAUCAUCCGAAACAUGAAGAUUUCCAAGGUUGAGGCUGACUACGGUGAUGCGAUCACCAUCCAAACGUCGACCAAUGUGUGGGUUGAUCACUGCGAUCUCUCUGCAUCAAGAGAUGGCGAUAAAGACUUCUACGACGGUCUAGUUGAUUUGUCGCACGCUGCUGAUUGGGUGACCAUCUCGCACACUUUCUUUCAUGACCAUUCCAAGGGCUCGCUGGUCGGUCGCUCUGACAAGGACGUCGCUGAGGAUACUGGCAAGUUGCAUGUAACAUAUGCCAACAACUACUUCAACAACGUUCGAAGCCGCGGUCCUCUUCUCCGAUUUGGCACAGCGCAUAUCAUCAAUCAGUACUAUGACACCAUGGAUACGGGUCUCAACAGCCGCAUGGGUGCUCAGGCCCUUAUUCAAUCUUCUGUCUUUACAAACGUCGGAAAGAAGGCUAUCUUCAGCGAGUCAAGCGCUGAAAUCGGCUACGUCGUUGCUGAAGAUGUUGUCCUUAGUGGAGAGAGUCAGAACACGGCUGCCAAGGGUACUCUGACUCCAAGCAAGAUCCCUUACAAGUUUACCCUGCUCGGCUCUAGCAAAGUUGCUUCAACAGUUCCUGGGGAGGCAGGCCAAAAGCUAAGCUUUUAG